AUGUAUGCCGAACCACGGCCUCCUCGGCAGCAACGAUACGACGACUACGACGAGCCAGAGGAGCAGCAAUAUUCGGAGCCAGACGAUGACUUUUACCAACGAAAUGGCGCUCCAUCAUCUGACAUCUAUGCCCAAGGGUCGCAGUCCAUAAGGGCACCCUCUCCUCCCCCGGGUCCGUUGCUGGACCAUUCCCACCUUAGACCAGGCAACCAAGCAGCACUACUAUCUCAUGAACGAACCCUCGAGCUAUACCGAGCAAACGCGAAAAAGACGCAAGACCCUGACCUCCAAUUCGAGUUUGCCGUCUUCAUGAUUGACGCCUCCAAAUCACUACCCAUCCCUGCUUCCGAGCCAGGAAACCUCCUUCAAGUGGAACGUGCCAUCGAGAAACGAGAGGAGCUCAUCCGAGAAGCGACUUCACUCCUCAAGCGGCUUGCGGACCGCGGCCAUGUUUCAUCACAGUACUUCCUCGCAGACUGUUUCGCAAACGGCAUUGGGACGACAAAGAACAAACAAGACUUUGACCGUGCAUACCCGUUGUUUGUUCUCGCAGCAAAACACGGACAUGCGGAUGCCGCUUAUCGAGCUGGGACAUGUUGCGAGAAUGGCUGGGGUUGCCGAAGAGAAUCCGCCAAAGCAGUCCAAUUCUUCCGCAAAGCUGCGGCUGCUCUACACCCAGGGGCCAUGUAUCGACUUGGAAUAGCAGAACUCAAUGGAGAGUUGGGGCUCAGCAAGAGUCCGAAGGAGGGCGUCAAAUGGCUCAAAAGAAGUGCUGAACAUGCGACUGCCGAAUUCCCUCAUGCCUUACACGAACUCGCACUCCUACACGAGCGCGGCGUCGACAACGUGCUCUUUGUCGACUACGAGUACUCGACAGAGCUGCUUGCUCAGGCGGCAGAGCUUGGCUACGCUCCUAGCGCGUACCGAUUGGGUGAAUGUUAUGAAUACGGCAAGAUGGGCUGUCCCCAGGACCCUGCGCUGUCAAUCCACUACUACAAUAUCGCCGCCCAACAAAACCACCGCGAUGCCUGCUUUGCGCUGACAGCGUGGUACCUCGUAGGCUCGCCGGGUGUCCUCCCUCAAUCCGACACAGAGGCCUUCCUCUGGGCGCAAAAGGCGGCGGAUGCUGGACUGGCAAAGGCAAUGUACGCCUGUGGCUACUUCCUCGAGGUCGGAAUCGGCACCCAGCCCAACAUCCGCGAAUCACAAGGCUACUACAAGCGUGCUGCGGAUCUGGGGGACAAGCGGGCUAUCCAACGGUUGCGGGGUGCCCCUAAUCAGCCGCUGCCUGGAGGACACGGAGCUUUGCUGCAAAGAGGGCCAGACGACUUGAACAGCAGCGCAAAGGGCAAGGAUGGGAAGGACUGUAUUAUAAUGUAA